UUAAUUAUUAACUAAAUAAGUUUCGUUUUAACUUUAAGCUUUCAACGCCGUGUAAUAAAUCCAAUUUACUAAUGUCCAUAACCCUACUGCGAGGUGGCAAGCAAAAGACAAGCAACUGUGUAGGAAUGACCGUAAUGGCCAAAACUACGUUUGAAGAAAUAUGCGAGAAUGCCAAAUUAGCCAGGGACAUGGCGCUGACGGGUAACUAUGACUCGGCCUGCAUCUACUACGAGGGAUUGCAGGGACUGCUGGCACGCCAGCUCAAAGCCACAGCGGAUCCCAUGCGGAAGGGCAAGUGGAGCAUGAUCAAUCAGCAGAUCAGCCAGGAGCAUGCCAAAGUAAAGGCCAUACAGCGUACACUGCAGGACAUAUCGCUGGAUUUGCAGACCACUAAAUUUGCCCACAAGCUGCGCCACCAGCUGAGCGACGAGAGCAAUGUGAACAAAGAUCCCGCCGCCUGGUUCAAGCCCGAUCCGGAUAUUUGGACGCCACCGCCCAAGGAUCCAGAUGUCUGGGGUCCGCCCAAGCCCCCACCCUCGGCCUCGGCCAGCACCACGCAGGCUGUGGGCCGGCGAGCCGCUGCCAACAGCCGACGCACCACCUCCACCGCUCCGCAGAGUAACCGUCCCAGCACAAUCCCACAGAUCACGAGCCGAAACGGUCCGAGCACCGCGCGCAAUGUUCGCAACUCGUCCGCCGCCGCCGCCUCCACAUCAAACAGCGCACGUGCCACCAAUGGCCGGGCGGGGGGACGAAAACUUUCCACCUCAAACAACGAUCGCAAUGCCAACAACAACGACAGCAAGGAUGAGGACUCCGUCGCAGGCAGCAAUGGCGGUGGAGCGGGCGACGGCGAGGGCGGCGACACGCAGGCCGGCGAAGAGGAGCGCAAGUUCCAGCCAAACAAUCACAUCGAAGCCGAGCUGGUCGACAUUCUGGAGCGUGAUAUACUGCAAAGGGAUCCCAAGGUGCGGUGGAGCGACAUUGCCGAUCUGCAAGAUGCCAAGCGGCUGCUCGAAGAGGCUGUGGUAUUGCCCAUGCUGAUGCCGGACUAUUUCAAGGGCAUUCGGAGGCCAUGGAAGGGUGUGCUGAUGGUCGGACCACCGGGCACGGGCAAGACGAUGCUGGCCAAGGCAGUGGCCACCGAAUGCGGCACAACCUUUUUCAAUGUCAGCUCUGCGACGCUCACCUCCAAGUAUCGCGGCGAGUCGGAGAAGAUGGUGCGCCUACUGUUCGAAAUGGCGCGCUUCUAUGCGCCCAGCACGAUCUUCAUCGAUGAGAUUGACUCGCUCUGCUCGCGCAGGGGGUCGGAGACGGAGCACGAGGCCUCGCGACGCGUCAAAUCAGAGCUGCUGGUGCAGAUGGACGGCGUGGGCGGCGGCGAGGAGCAGGCCAAAGUUGUUAUGGUGCUGGCAGCCACCAAUUUUCCCUGGGACAUUGAUGAGGCGCUGCGUCGGCGGCUGGAGAAGCGCAUUUACAUACCACUGCCGUCGGAUGAGGGGCGCGAGGCGCUGCUCAAGAUCAAUCUGCGCGAGGUGAAAGUGGACGAUACGGUGGAUCUCACCUACGUGGCCAACGAGCUGAAGGGCUACUCCGGAGCGGACAUUACCAAUGUUUGCAGGGAGGCCAGCAUGAUGUCCAUGCGGCGGAAGAUUGCUGGCCUGACGCCCGAGCAGAUCAGGCAGCUGGCCACCGAGGAGGUGGACCUGCCCGUGUCCAACAAGGACUUCAACGAGGCCAUGAGUCGCUGCAACAAGAGCGUGUCCAGGGCGGAUCUGGACAAGUACGAGAAGUGGAUGAAGGAGUUCGGCUCGUCAUGAUGGCGUUACCGUCGCCCCCCCACAAUUUCUGGCAAUUGUAGGAAUAUAUUUUUGAAUACCCUAAAAAUAGGCGCUUAAGUUAUUAAGCUUUUAAAGUGAGAUCCGAUCCGAUCCCUACCGAUCCAAUCCGAUCCGCCCGGGGGAAUAGUUGAACAUAUUUUAUAUAUAACAUUUUGCAUAUACACCACAUACGGUAUGAACUAUAUAUAUUUACAUAUUUAUAUACAUACGAUGGAAACGGAAGCCGUUGGAAUUACAAAACAAAAGACUAACCGUUCUCUAAGAGGAAACCCAAUGAAAUGCAAAUCUGAAAUGGAAACGAAUUGAAAUAUAAAGAUAGGCAAUAUGUUUAUACAAUAUACACACGCUCGAUAGAUAGAUAGAUGGAUGGAAAUAGAGAUAGAGAUACAACCCACGCAACAAUCACACACCACACCAUGCACCACACAAUCCUUCCUAUACUAAUAGUACUAAAAUAGUUAACCCAAUCUGCACUCUAUACUCCAUAUAUAUACACGAUAAGGAAUCGCUUUAAACGCCGCCUAGCCUUGGGCCCCAUCAAUCCCCCCCAUCCCUCCAUUAUAAAAACCACACUCCAUGAAUCGUUUUUACCUAAAAAGUUGUAUUUUUAACAAGCAAAGCAAAGCAAACGUUCACUGUCUAACAUUUAAUAUUAACUGUCGCUUAAUUUAUACAUUAAAUUACGUACUAUACAUAUAUCAUAGUCUAGUGCAGGCAGAUGAUGGCCGAUGGCCGAUGGCUGAUAGAGCAACUCAAGAAAUGUUAACUUAAACCACAUGCAAGAAACGUUCCCAUUGUCCAUUCGUCGGCGGAUGAACCUGAAGCAAUAUGUACUUAAAGUGAAGAUUCUGAAAUUUUAAACAAUAAACACAAGUUUUUAACUCGA